GACAGACACAACCUGGCGGAGAGAUGAGUCAAAUUUUUGAACAACUUGCUAACUCGGAGCUCGCAAUUUUCGACAAGUAUUGUCAGAACAGUACAAUAUGUCUCCCAGGUCCAAAGGGUGACCAGGGAGUGAAAGGUGAUCCCGGGGUUAAAGGUGAUAUUGGACCCCCAGGUACACCUGGAAUAAAGGGUCUGAAAGGUGACGUCGGGCUACAAGGUCUACAAGGAAAUACAGGGCCUGUAGGCUUACAGGGAGCUAAAGGUGAAAAAGGCUCGGCAGGUCCACAGGGGUCUUUGGGGCCAGCCGGGCCGGCGGGCUCUAAGGGCGACACUGGAGGCACGGGUCCAAAGGGUGAGAUGGGACCUGCAGGUUUGCAAGGCGCUAUUGGACCCGAAGGAGCUGAAGGACCGAAAGGAGUUCCUGGAGUAAGAGGACUUCCGGGUCCACAGGGUCCCUCGGGACUUGACGGAGCUGUGGGACAAAAGGGAGAAACAGGAAGUAUGGGUCUACAGGGGCCGCAAGGUGACCGCGGUCUCGCGGGGCCAGCAGGACCCAAAGGGGCGCCUGGAGAGGAGAGACAGGUACCUCUUGCGGUGAAUGACAAGAACCAGUGUUGUGAGAGUUUAGCCGUUCCGAGUUUCACUUCCCCUAAGGAAACGAUAAAGGUUAUAGAAGGCACCCCUGUGGUCCUCCGCUGUAACCCAAAAGGUCUGCCAACCCCAAAAGUGCAAUGGACGCCAUCACCCUUAACUCAGAACACAACGCAUGCGCAAGUACAAGGAAAUGACAUCAUCAUCGGUAGUUCUGAACCGGGAGAUAGCGGGAUGUACUAUUGUACGGCUAAUAGCGUAUUAGGAAACGCCUACAAACAAAUCGAGUUGGAUGUAUAUAAACAUAUACAAAUACAGGAACGGCCUCAAAACCUCACUGUACUGAAUGGACAAUCGGUAACUCUGGAAUGUAAAUUUGGCGGGGACCCUGUCCCUGCUGUCACGUGGUUUCACAAGAAUCAAGCAGGCAUUUCCCAAGCUGUGACGACUGGCAUUACGCCUAUUGUGAAUGGAUCCCAGCUUCAUCUUAGCCACAUCUCAUCCUCUGAUAUUGGAGAAUAUAUCUGUUAUGGAUCAAAUGGUAUGGAGACAAUUGAUCUCCACGCCUACCUCGAUGCCAAGGGACCUCCGAAGAUCAUCAACAUCCCUGUCCUGCAGGCAUUUGUAGGAGAGACAAUACGUAUGCGGUGUGAUGCCCAGGGCAAACCGCCUCCCACCACCUCUUGGCUCACUCCGCCCAGUGUAAGCAACGCUUACGAAGAUACAGAUGGUACGCUGGUCAUUCUUAGUGUAAGCAAACAAGACGCUGGACCGUAUAUAUGUAGGGCCACCAACUCAUUCGGAACUGAUACCGCAACUACCAACCUUGUAGUCAAAGAAGCGGCCAAGGCAGAAAUCGCUACGCCAAUGGUCGGACUCAAACAGAAUGUCAACAACUUCGCAUUAGAUUGUAAAGCAUCCGGGGAACAGCCGAUUAGUGUCACGUGGUAUCACAACGGACAGAUUGUCUCUCCUGACCCUACCCACUUCAUCAUGCAAGACCAUACAUUGUUAGUAUUGAGCAUGUCCAAACCUCAGGAAUUCGGACGUUACACAUGCGGAGUAACUGAUCCGAACGGAUCGGCGAACAACAGCGCAUUAGAGCCACGUGCCCAGCUAAUUGUGCCGCAGAUCCAACUUCAGUAUACGGUACAUCACGAUAUGAUUUG